AUGACAAGUCUAAUAACAUUUGUGCUCAUUUUGUUGCUUAAUUCAUUAUCGUCCAAUGCAAAUCACAAAUGUUCAAUUAUUUGUCCCGACGUUAUUGAUCCUGUUGAUGUUGACACAACAAUUUACGAUUUAUUCUUACCUAAUCUGUUGAGAGAUGGACCUGCUGAUGGAGUUUGUUUGGGAGGAAAAGACAAAUGGGUAGUUAAUGGAACAGCUUUUGGAUUACCACCGAAAUGUGUUUGUCUUCAAUAUUACAAAGGAGAAGAUAUUAAGCCAGGAGAAGGUCCACAAUGUCCAAAUCAUUUAUCAGCAGCUAUGGAUGAAACAAUGCUAGAUAAUCUGAUGAGAAAUUAUGAACUUCUUGGAGAUGUUGCACCAGCUGAUGGCUGGUGCCCAGAAGGGACGUUUAAAUGGAUCAUAUCAACGUGGCAAUUCCACGUCCCGAAAGAUAUUUGUGUUUGUAUCGUUGAAUACUUUUCACCUGAAGUUACAUGUAUUGACAUGGAGAACGAUUAA